AUGGCUGCUGGUCAGCCUAUCUCUAACGACACAGUGACUCUCAAAGAGCUCGACCUACGAUGCACAACCUUUGAUUGUCCUCCUCUGAGCUUCGACCUUGAAGAGCUCAUAUCUGAGAACACUCCAUCGACACCACCACUCACUGCUACUCAACAAUUCUUCGACUUUGACAACUUCCUCAACCUUGAAGCGAAAGAUCGACCUACAGUAGGUGGCAAGUCGUACUGGCCUGGUCAAAAUGAUCUGCCGAGUCCUAUUGACCUCGAGGCAUCUUCAAUAGAGGAGGGUCAAUUUGUGUCGCUGGAAGAAGAUGAUAGCAUCAUCGAGAGUGAAUACACGCCUGAGGACGAAGUAGAUGAGUCUGGAUCAGACACUGGCUCGAUAGACCUGCUCCAGAACACAUCCACAGAUCAUCACAUAUCCAAGGGUGGAAAACGUCUAUCGUCAUUCACGUCAGAGGAGGAGGAAGAGGAAGAAGUCAACGAGUCAGAGGCUGAACCUGAUAUGAUGAUUGAGGAGGAAGCUGAAGAUAAGAAUUCUUAUCACGUCCCAAUCGGCGGCAAGCAUCCGUCUGACAACCAGGAUCAGUACAGCACGGAAUACUCUAAGGAUUAUGUCACAGCAUUCAAGGCUACCAAGACCAUUUCGAAAGCAGGCAAACCUCUGGGUAUUCACAAGAAACCCAUCCCUGCAAACAUCAGCAAGUGGAUUCGCAAUAACGUCUCACUGGUUUUGAGCUACUUGCAAGCCCUUGACGAUGGCAAAGAAGCAGACUUCGACGGGGAGAAGUACAAAGUCGAUGUCAAGAUUACCAAGACUCAAUUCUCACCUCUAACCGAGUUCGAUCCAGAGACCCUGCAACCAACUCAGAGCAACACCCUCAACGUUAUCAAGGACUCCUCUUUAUCACGCACAACCUGGUCCGGCCGCACCGCCACAAAAGGUCUCCUCUCCUCCUCCUCCCCCUCCAACAAAGAAAACCACCCCAACCCCCACCUCCCUACCAACCCCGACGAACUCCAAGACUUCGUCGAACCAGACUUCGACCUAGCCUACAGCAUCGACCACACAACCACAAACCCUGACACCAAACAUCGUCUCGCGGUCCCCUACCCAGCCCCACAAUCCCUCCUCAACGCCUCCAAACGAAAAUACGCCGACAACGUCCGCGAAUCACACCGUCUCGCUGCCCAGGGCGUCCCAGAGAAACAGCGGCGUAUCCCAUGGACGAUCUUCGAGGACGACCAGGUGAUCAAGCAUAUGCUUGAGAUUAAAGACGAUCCGACGGUCCCCAAGACAGAAGCACGAUUUGAGGAGGUUGCGAGGCGAAUGGAGAAUGAUGGGUUGGAGCCACGGUCUAAGACUGCGGUCAAGAAUAUGUGGUGUCGGGUUGGGAGGGGUCGGUCCGGAUACGAUGAGAGGAAGGGGGUGAGACGGGAUGCGCGGUUUGCGGUCAAUCACUGGAAGGCUGCGGCUGAUAGUCCUCGGAAGCGGACGGGUAAGGUUAAGGGUGGGAAGAAGGUUGUCAAGGUUGUUGACUCUGAUGAGGAGUAA